ACUCCUUCACGUGAAGCGCUUCCACCACGACGGGGCACGGUUGAGGAAGGUGACCGAUGCUGUCAGCGUUCCUCCAUGGCUGUCUCUGGCCUCCCUCGUUGGAGAGCAGGGUGCUGCAGCUGGGAUAGACCCACUGAGAUCAAGUUAUGGAGAGGGGGACAUCGCAUCUGGAGCAAAACCAAGUGCAAACAUGGCAGCAGUGGAUCAUCUUGACAGUGCAGGAGACAGGGACAGAGGUCUUCAGGAAGUUCAUGGGAAGGAUCACAGCAACCAGAGCACCUACCGUCUGUCGGGGAUGGUCUCUCACCUCGGGGAGAGCAUCAACACCGGCCACUACGUCAGUGACGUAGCUCGAGAGGACGGCGCCGGAUGGUUGACCCUCAACGACGCCCGUGUGACGCCCGCGGAGACGCCGGUCCUGAGGACCAGAGAGAAGACCGCCUGCAUGUUGUUUUACGUCCUAAGUGGAGCAGAAGAGGGAAGCCAUGUCCCACUGGCUCAGAACCAGGAGCCAUCUGGAGCUGAGAGGGACUGACACCUGUGAGGCCCAGGAGAGCGCUUGAUUGGUGGUGCCUCUACAGCCCGCUCUGGGGGCCACACCCUGCAGCCCCCCUCUACAGCUGAGGCCCACCUUUAAACGCCCCCCUAGGGGCCACACCCUGCAGCCCCCCUCUACAGCUGAGGCCCACCUUUAAACGCCCCCCUAGGGGCCACACCCUGAAGCCCCCCUCUACAUCCUCCUCUGGGGGCCACACCCUGAA